AAUACCGUUGAAAGUGGUAAUUCCUCAUUUUUCCCCCUUGGCAGCUCGGAUUCUGAAGGUAAUUUUGAGACUCCUGAAGUUGAAACACCCAUCAGAUCACCUCUCAAGGAAUCACUAGGAUUAGCAGGACCUGGGGCUGAAACCCAAGACUCACAAGAAGUUGAUGAACAGCUGAUAGCAGAAGUGGUUGAAAAAUGCUCGUCUGAGACUUGUUCUAGACCCUCAGAAAAUGAGGUUUCACAGCAGCCUGUUGAGUUUUACUCAGUCAGGGAUUUCAAAGAAGAACCUGAACGUGAUAUUAGCAAGAUUUCAGUAGUGAGGCCAUUUUCAAUAGAAACCAAGAAUUGCACGGAUAUCUCAGCACCUCUUGGAACAGAAGCAGCGUAUGGCUGUGUAACUGCCACCUCAGGGUCAGCUCUGCCCUCCAGCCCACCAGAAGCCAUCCAGGACAAGGUGAUGACAGAAAGCACCAUGGGGGUUACCCUGGAGGUUUCCACAGAAACUGACCUGAAGAGUGGGAACUCCUGUCCGGAGCGAGUGCCCAGCAGAAGCAAGUUAAGAAAACCCAAGCCUGUCUCUCUGAGGAAGAAAACAGUUGGCGAGUUCUCAGAAACUUCCAUGGAGGGCCUGCCUCUCCCCCAGUCAUCCUACCCUGAUGAAGUGGAUGGGAACACAAAUCCUUUGCUAGGAGAUGCCAGGACCCAGAAAUCUGUCCCUGACUUUAAGGAAACAUCAAGCACUCCUAGUAGUGACACCAAUGAUUCUGGGGUUGAGCUGCUGGAGGAGUCGAGGAGCUCACCCCUGGAGCUCGAGUUUGAUUUCACAGAAGAUGUGGAAAAUGUAGAGUCCAGGAAAGGCCUUCCAAGAAAACUUGGCAGGAAACUGGGUAACAAACUGCCUCCCAAGGUACAGAAAGAUGGUGCCAGUAAGCCAGUAUGUGCCAAAGGUGCAGAACCUCCUCUGGACCCAGCUGCAAACAGUGCUUCUCUCUCUCAAGCGUCUUCUAAGCAGGAUCCCAGUCAGUGGGAUAACCCCAGCUUCAGUCCCCUUGGGGGCCAGUCCACACUGCAGGACUCUUCUCCCCUCUCCCCUAAGGGCUCCUACCACUUUGAUGAAUCCACGGAUCCCUUUAAACCAACUACAGCUUUAACAAACAGUGACUUUUGUUCUCCUGCUGGUAAUCAUGUUAAUGAAAUCUUAGAAUCACCCAAGAAGGCAAAGUCGCGUUUAAUAACGAGUGGCUGUAAGGUGAAGAAAUAUGAAACACAGUCCCUUGCUUUGGAUGGGUGUCAUCAGGAUGAAGGAGCAGUGAUUUCCCAGAUUUCAGACAUUUCUAACAGGGAUGGCCAUGCUACCGAUGAGGAGAAACUGGCAUCCACUUCAUCUGUUCAGAAAUCAGCUGGGGCCGAGGUGAAAGGUGAGCCAGAGGAAGACCUGGAGUACUUUGAAUGUUCCAAUGUUCCUGUGUCUACCAUAAAUCAUGCGUUUUCAUCCUCAGAAGCAGGCAUAGAAAAAGAGACGUGCCAGAAGAUGGAGAAAGAUGGAUCUACUGUGCCUGAAAUGCUGGAGUCCCCUGUAGAGAAGGCCCCUAUGUCCGUGGCCUGUGGAGGAGAGAGCCCCCUGGAUGGCAUCUGCCUCAGUGAAUCAGAUAAGACAGCCGUGCUCACCCUGAUAAGAGAAGAGAUAAUCACUAAAGAGAUUGAAGCAAAUGAAUGGAAAAAAAAAUAUGAAGAAACCCGACAAGAAGUCUUGGAGAUGAGGAAAAUUGUAGCUGAAUAUGAAAAGACCAUUGCCCAAAUGAUUGAAGAUGAACAAAGGACAAGUAUGACGUCUCAGAAAAGCUUCCAGCAACUGACCAUGGAGAAGGAGCAGGCCUUGGCUGACCUUAAUUCUGUGGAAAGGUCCCUUUCUGAUCUCUUCAGGAGAUACGAGAACCUGAAAGGUGUUCUGGAGGGGUUCAAGAAGAAUGAAGAAGCCUUGAAAAAAUGUGCUCAGGAUUACUUAGCCAGAGUUAAACAAGAGGAACAGAGAUAUCAGGCUCUGAAAAUCCACGCAGAAGAAAAACUAGACAAAGCCAAUGAAGAGAUUGCUCAGGUUCGAACAAAAGCAAAGGCUGAGAGUGCAGCUCUCCACGCAGGGCUCCGGAAAGAGCAGAUGAAAGUGGAGUCCCUGGAAAGGGCCCUUCAGCAGAAGAACCAAGAAAUUGAAGAACUGACGAAAAUCUGCGAUGAGCUGAUUGCAAAGCUGGGAAAGACUGACUGAGUUUCCCCUGUUAGCUCACUGGAUCUGCAUUUGGCUGCUUCUCUCGUGACCACAAUUAUAUUGCCUUAUCCAGGAAUUGUUGCCCCUUUGCAGAGAAAAACACUUUGAAAAAGCACAUGCCCACUGCUUGUCCCGCUUUGCUGCCAAUGCACAGCCCUGGAAGAAACCCUGGAGUGCCACAGUCGCCGAAGGAGUGGCAGCAGGCCAUCGAGUCCUUCGUCACCUGAUGGGCCAGUUAGACAGGCUGCUAAGUUGGGUUUGUGAUUUCUCUGUCUUUAAUUCGUUUUAAAGUCAGCUUUACUUUUCCAGGUGCGUUAAAUUUGUGAUUUUGUAGCUACUGUCUGAUUUUUUGUGUGACCUGUUUAUUUCAUCUUUUAAAUUUAAUUUUCAGUAUUAAUGGUUUUAUUUGAGGAAGGUAAUUUGGUUUUUGUUACUUCUAAUUUGUGAACAAGAAGGGACUCUGACUACCCAUUUGUACACACACACACAUAUUUACACUUGCUGCUCUUUUUCCCUUGAAGCAUAGUCAGAUAAGAACUCUACAGAAGAACCUCUUUCCAUAAAUGUAAAAGCCUAUUUUGAAAGUCCUGGCUCAGAAUGCCAACUUGAGAAUUUGUGACCACCCCUGACUCCUGCCUGUCAUGACUUAUGACCCCGGCUCAGGUGUCACGUCCAGGGAAGACUUCGCCAUCAUAUUUGUUGUCCUGGUAUUUAGAUGCUCCUCAGCCUUGACGAGUGUGAGUGUGACCCCUUUGGGGUUCGUUGGCAGGCUGGUGGUGACUGCCCCCUGCAGGCACAGCAGAGCAGAGCUCCCUCGGAGCUGGGGUGUGGCUAGGCUGUCCUAGAGCCACUUUGUGUCCUCCGCUUCACUUGUUGCUACAGAACCAACAUUUCCUCUUUAUUGUCUAUUUGAAAUAUGUGAAGAAAAUCUACUUGUAAAAGGUUUAGAUGAACUUAUAUAAUUAAAAGGUAACUGUAACCCCAUCAGCAAUUAUAAGGUGAAGAAACAGUUGGUUUUUCACAAGUGUGAUGCCUUGUUUUUCAGAUUUUUUUCUUUAAGGCAAAAAAAGUCCUUUCAAACUAAAGACAAUUUUUAACAAAAUGGGCAGUAAAAAUCAUGUGAAACACUCUGAAAAUCAGUGCUUUCUGAAUAUUUUUAAAGAAAAGCCAUUUCACUUAGAGGAGGGGAGUAAAGGGAGCAGAUCCACACUCUGAGAACCCAAUUCCUCAAGCUCUCAUUCAGUGUGGAGGGGCCAUUAACCCCCAAAUGGAAAAUUGUCGUGUAGCCAGUGAAUUCCCCAGCAUUUCAUAGGCAAAACCAAAUCCCUGCAAGUGUUUUAAAGCAGCCUUGUCUUAAUCUUAGCACCCUGAAGGUCUUCAUGGUGACAUGCACUAUGUUCAGAACAUGUAACUUUCGUACUUUUCCUGUAGAACUAUUGCAUGGUCCACCUUCAGCAGUGAAUUGUGCCUGGUGGAGAACGUCUAUAGGUCUCUAAACAUGAGUUUUUCUUUAGAAGUAUACUAUUCACAGGGGUGCAAUCUUUAGCCCCAGGGAGGUCAAUAAUGUCUCUUAAAGCCAGAAGUCACGUUUUACCAAUAUGCAUUUACCAUAAUUGGUGCUUAGGCUGUAUUUUCAAGCCUGUUGUCUUACCGUUUUGUACAAAAAAGAACAACAAAAAGUGAUCUGUGGUUGGAGAAGUGACUUGACAAUCAUUGGGGCCUUGAAAACGUCACUGGAUUAAUGUGCGAGCUGUACUGUAGGCUCAGCGGCAGAGGGCUGGUGUCUCCCGGUGGUGCCGCUGAUUUCCUCGUUCAGUCCUCUCCUACCAGGAAGACGAGCUGUGUGUUUUGCAGAAAGAAACGUUGCUAAACCUUUUGCUGCUGUAUUUUGGUGACAUGCCCAUGUUUACUUGUUUUCUGUUGAUCUGUUUUAAGCAUGGAAGGCUUUAGUGGUCUCCGUUAUAAAUCCUGGUCCUCUUUUUAGGUUUCUUGUGUAUAUAAGAAAAGGUAGCUAUGUGUUAAAACAGGUGACGACAAUCCUUCCCUAGCACACUGGUAAAAGAGACCCCUUAAAAACUAGAUCCUAGAGCAAAGUUGCUGCACAAGGAAUACGCGAGGGCCCAUGUUAAGUAGUAGUUGCCACUGGCCUCUCAGCCAUGACUGUUGCAAGAAUAUGUGCUUCCUUCUGAUGAAAUAGGCGGAUAUGCUCCAACAAGAAUAAAAAUGUAGCUUGUGCAGCUGACAAAUCAAGAGAAUAUACUGGGCAGAAUAAAGUAUGUUGUUGUUUUUCUUUAAAAAGAAGAAAAAAUCCCCCACAACUCCAAACUUUUAGAACUCCAGAGAGUAAGAAUAUAGCUAGAGUGGGCCCCUAGGGCAAUAAUAAACAGUUACAAAAGUGAAAAGAGAUGAAUGGAAGUUGCUGGCCUAGAUCAUGGUUGGGAACUGUUAGGUGAUCUUGUUGAGACUGGAUCCAGAGCCAUUUCUUAAGUUUUUGACUUGGCCAACGUGUAGAUAGGUAGUUUUUAUCUUAAAGUAUUUUAGUUGGAGACUGAGCAGUCUGUCACUUGGUUGGCUGGUCAGUUACCGUCAGACCUCCUGAGAUUCACUAUAUUGGGAGAAGCUCCUGAAGGCCUGCCCAAACCUUUGGUUCUGUAAAAUUGUUCUGGAAAUAUUGAGAAGCCCAGUUUUCUUACAUGGUUUCUAGCUUCUUCAGACCCAGCCCAAAUUAGGGAGUGUAGAAACACGUGCUUGUGCAAAGCUCUGAGGAUCUGGCCGCCUUCCAGAAUGAUACGGAAUCUAAGGGAAGAUUUACGUUUGGUUUUGGGGGAUCACUCAGGUUGAAUUUUCUUUCCAUCCGGUUACCCUUUCCACCUGCCCCACACUUUGUGCAACUCUUACACCAGUACUUAGGUCUUUAUUGGACAGCCCCGAGUUAGUACUGUUUGUGAAAAGGAGGAGUAAACUGCCCAGGUGUUCCUGGGCUGUCCGAAAGCAGCCAGAGGGAAGCAUUCGCUUUAAAGAAAGAUAACCGAGGGCUUGCUGGUGGCUCUACAGCUCAAAAUGGAAUUAUUAAAGAGCAAGGCUGGUAAUCUUGUGUACACUAGCUGGAAAUGAUUCACACAUCUUUUUCUAGUGGUAUAAAAGCUCUAACGCUCUCUCUUUAUUCCCUUUUGUUUUUUCAAUAUAAUUAGUAGCCAUCUCACUGAACUGUACAUGACUAUUGUCUUUCGUUUUGGUUUUGUGACCACACAAGCUUAUUCUCAGACUUGGUUUCUUACUUUAAGCUCAUGUUGGAAAGAGAGACUCUAAGUGUUGAAAGAUUAAAUGAUUCAGGCAAAGGAUUUUAAAGUAAAAAUGUAUAUAUUCUGAAGAAU